AAUUUAUAAAUGAUGAGAUUAAAUAUAACGAGAUUGACUAAGAGAAUGAAUAUGAAACCUCCCUCAGAAAAUGAUUUUAGCACUCUACUUAUUGCAAAGAAUACUCCAAUUCGUUAGCUUUCCAUAUGUAAUGUCUACAAAUAAAUAUGAAUAGCAACUCGGUCUUCGAAACACUCUUAAAUUGUUAGAAGAUUGCCUACCAAUUAAAAUUUAUAGUCUCAAUAGUUAACGAGUAGAACAAUAUCAGUUCAUGAUGCGCAUUUCCAUAGUGAGCCUUUGAAGGAGAAACAAAUCUCAGUCAACACCAUAUAAAAUAAGAAGAAAUCUUCAAGAAGAUUAAUUGGUCUGUAAACUCAGCCCAGUCUCAUCAUGUAAGAAUAUAACAUUAAUAAGUAAACCAAAGUUUGCAGAUAUUAAAUAUGAGAUCAUUGAUAUCUAUUAAUUAAAUAUAGCCUAACCAAAAAUACUAUAUAAAGGUAAUAGAGAUACAACUCAUCUAUAAAGGAUUGCCAUAAUAGGCUAAUCAGUCUCACUUAAUAAAUAGUUAAUCUAAAAAAUAAAAUCUGAAUGCAUAUUAGUCUUGUUAACUAAUAACUUAUCUUAGAUAGAUGAUUAGUAUGAUUGCAUAAUUUAACCCCCUCACAUUCAUCCCAAUGAUGUUUUGAGUUAUUAACGGAAUGUAAAUUAGAUUUGGAUCAAUGUGAAUCACUUGAUACAUACAUUUAAAUAGCCAGAGCAAAUCAUCAUGAUGGAAGAAGUUGUUAACGAAAAUAAUAUCUUCGGGCUAGAAGAUUUAAAAAAUAAAAUAUUGUAUGCAGGAAAUUGUAAGAUGGUUCAUCUCUUUCUUUAAAAGGCGAAACCUAAUCUCUAGAAGUUAUAUUAUGCCCUUUGUCAUAUUUUUAAGUAUGAUCAAUAGGAUUUGAUAUAAUUAAAUCUUAAGAAGAUUCUGUAAGAAUGCUCUGAAAAUUGUCUCUAAAUUUAAUCUAAAUUAACAUAUCUUCAAAAAGUAGUUGAUAUAAAGAAUAAGUUUAAAUAGCAAUUUAAAAAGGAACAAAUUCCCAUUGACUCUCCAGAAGACAGAGCAGAAAAGUAUGAUAUUAUUAAGAAUUUAGCUUGAGGGAUUGUGUAAUUGAAUACAUAAAGAGUCGUACUACGAAUAGAAUUACGGGAAUGCAUUUUAUAGUUGGAGAUCAAAUUAUGAGAAACAUAUAAUUUUUUAGAAAUAGACAGGAAGAUAAAUAUUUCAUUGAGAAGAAGCACCAGGAGACUCUUCAAAUACUAUAAAACACACUUCAACCUACAAAGCAUGCUCUUAUUUGUUCAUAAUAAUAUGCAUUUUAUUUACUAUGA